GCCAUCUGACGGGAGCGAGCAGUUUGUCCUCCAUCUCAUUUUGCCUCGCGCUCCUCUCUCUGCGUCACCAUCGCAAUGAACAGGUCCUCCUUGCGCUCUGAAGCGUGGAACGGCACGGAGCAUAUGCGUGUUGCCACGGCGAUGGGUGAGUCAUCUGUCCAGUCUGAGAAGCUUCGCUCAUUGGCUUGCUCGCUCUCUGAGAUGGGAUUGGAUAAUGGAAAUCCCCCGGGCCGCGCGAAGCAGCCUAUCACGGAGCCCACCAUAGAGCUUGGUAAAGGGACAUUCUUUGCAGACGGCCAGAGGAAGGUGGACUAUAUUCUGUGCUAUCACUAUAAGAAAAGAAGGAUCUCCCUGCAUCGUCUCUCCCUCACCUCUCAAGCAUCCAAUGGGAGCCUUCCGCUACCCAGCAUGCUGAGACGAGAUACACAGCCUGAGCUGGAGGCAGGGCUGCCAGAGGGGGAGGAGUCUCACCUGAGUGAGGAAGAGAAAGCUAUGAUGAGGGAGGAGUUUGAGUCUGGGCUGUUGGAGCAGGGCCUGCAGCUGGAGAGAGACAAGGAGUCUAGGUCCCAGGGUAUAGGGUUUAUCCGGCUGCAUGUUCCCUGGGCGACGCUGAGCAGAGAGGCGGAGCUACAGAAGAUCAAAGUGCCAGUCAAAAAGAGUUAUGAGUUGCGGCAGCCUCAGGGCAUCGCGGGGAAAAUAGCAUUGUUGUAUCAAACCCUGAUCAAACCCUUCCGACCUGAUGUACCAGAAACACUAAACACACAGUCCCACCAGAACCGAACAAAGACCCUCUCACACCCCUUCUCCAGAGACAAGCUACACCUGUUUGAAAUCAAGUCACAGGAUAUUCUAUUUGACUACGCCGUACGCAGCAGAAUAGUCAAGGAGAUAUUGACACGCACCGCCUGUACACAGACUUGCCAAGCCACUGGUAUCUCAUCGUUAUUAGCCACUGGUGUCUAUAACUCUGCCUUUCCUCCACACGAUGGGUCAUUCACCAGGAAAGGAGGGCGGGAUCAGAGGAACGACAGACAGCUCCUAUAUGAGGAGUGGGCCAACUAUGGAGUGAUGUUCAAAUACCAGCCAUUGGACCUAAUCAGGAAGUAUUUUGGGGAGGCGAUUGGUCUGUACUUUGCCUGGAUGGGAGUUUACACCCGGAUGUUGGUCCCACCCUCUCUACUGGGCCUUAUAGUGUUCCUCUAUGGUGUCCUCACUGUCAACACUAAUGUGCCCAGCCAGGAGAUGUGUAAUGACAGUCUGAAUUUCACGAUGUGUCCACUGUGUGAUGCGGUGUGUGACUACUGGAAGCUGAGUUCAGUCUGUUCAUUGACUCGAGCCUCUUACCUGUUUGACAACGGAGCUACAACCCUCUUCGCCAUCUUCAUGUCCCUCUGGGCUGCUUUUUUCCUGGAGCACUGGAAGAGGAGGCAGAUGUGUCUGAAACAUGCCUGGGAUCUGACCAGUCUGGAGGACGAGGAGGAAACCCCCAGGCCAGAGUAUGAUCAAAUCCUACAAGAGAAGAGACGGAAUAAGAGAGGAGCAAAAAGGAGGAGUGAGCUGGGUGGAGUGGGGUAUGGCGAAGCAGAGGAGGGAGAGAAGGACAAGAUGCUCUCACAGAGGGAGCAAGAGUCAUUGACCUUGGAGGAUCGGAUGCCAGGAUACAUGAUCAACGUGUCCGUCGUUCUAAUGAUGAUGGGGGUAACGUUUUCCGCAGUGUUUGGAGUGAUCCUGUAUCGUAUCACCAUGCUGUCUAUCUGGUCCAUGAAUCCAGACCCUGAGGCCAAGGCCUCUGUGAGGAUGACCGUCACCACCACCGCCAUCAUCAUCAACCUGCUGGUGGUAUUGAUACUGGAUGAGAUCUACGGAGCUAUCGCUGUCUGGCUCACUAAACUGGAGGUUCCUAAGACGGAAGCGGAGUUUGAGGAGCGUCUGAUUCUGAAAUCGUUUCUGUUGAAGUCCAUGAACACCUUUGCUCCCGUCUUCUAUGUGGCUUUCUUCAAGGGCAGGUUUGCUGGACCUCCAGGGGACUACGUCUACUUGUUUGGCCACUUCCGCAUGGAGGAGUGUGCCCCACCAGGCUGUCUGAUAGAGCUGUGUAUCCAGCUCAGUAUGAUCAUGUUGGGAAAACAACUCAUCCAGAACAACGUGUUCGAGAUUGUUAUACCUAAGCUAAAAAAAAUGUACAGAACAUACAAGGAGAAGGAUAAAGGAGGAGAGGAAGAUGAGGAUGAGGAGGAGACGAAGAGGCCAAAGCAACAGUGGGACAAAGACUUCUCUCUGGAUCCCUAUGAGGGGUUGAGCCCGGAAUACAUGGAGAUGAUAAUCCAGUAUGGGUUUGUCACCAUCUUCGUGGCAUCGUUCCCCCUGGCUCCUCUCUUUGCUCUGCUCAACAACGUGAUUGAGAUCCGCCUCGACGCUGCCAAGUUCACCACAGAGAUCCGUCGCCCAGAUGCUGUGCGCCGCAAAGACAUAGGAAUAUGGUUCAACAUUCUCACUGGAAUCAGCAAGUUUUCUGUCAUUACUAAUGCCUUUGUGAUAUCGUUCACUUCGGACUUCAUUCCUCGGACGGUGUACCAGUACAUGUACAGUCAGACUGGCAGCAUGCACGGAUUCACAGAACACUCCCUGUCCUACUUCAACGUGUCCAACUUUGAGGCUGAUUCCUCCCCUUCCUCUACACUAUUUACUGGAGUCACCAUAUGCAGAUAUAAAGACUACAGGGAUCCACCAUGGGGAGCGCAGCCAUAUUCCUUCUCUAAACAGUACUGGUCUGUCCUGGCAGCUCGAUUGGCCUUUGUCAUCUUCUUUCAGAACCUGGCGAUGUUCCUGAGCAUGCUGGUGGCCUGGUUGAUCCCUGACGUUCCUCGUUCUCUUAGAGAACAGGUCAGGAAAGAGAACAUGUUGCUGAUGGAGUUCCUUGUUCAGGAUGAACAGGAAGCCCUACGCUCCAGACUUCCACACCACUCCCCCACACGACAACCUGCACAAACACAUCACCCACACUCACACAUUGACAUAGUGGUGGAGGGGUCAGUGGGAGAAGAGGGGUCGGAGGAGGAGAAGAUGGACAGAUCAGGACAAACCCUGGACAACCCAGAUAGCACUGACCCAGCAGAAGAAGGAGGAGGAGGGGGAAAAGAAGAAGGGUCAGAAGAGAAGAGCGAAGGACGAGAAGGAGACAGAGGAGGAGAAGGGCCAGACCAGGAGGAAGUCUCCGUUGUGGAUCUGGACUCUGUUAUGGAUCAGCUGUAUCUGUCAGACCCAGAGCCGUCUCAGAGCCUAGCUGACAUGGAGCUGCCUGUCUCUGGAGCAGCCCCAGUGGAGCAGGAGGACGAGCCACCAGGCCCAGACAGCCCUCCAGCUGCCCCAGUAGGGGACACAGCCUCCCCCGAGACCCCCCUGGCCAAGACCCACCCAGCAGGCCUGAAGGCUGCAGACAGCAGGCUGUUUUCCAGAGGCCCUCCCCUCGUAGAUUCAGCAUACUCCAGGACCAAGGGCCGCUGCUCCACCCUGCCUCCCAAACAGAGAGGGCCUGAGCCAGGGCACAGCCGGCCCCGACCCAGCCACUCAACCAGCCUCACGAAGUUCCACCUUCCACCUCUACCUCCUGUGGCCCCCUCACCUUCCCCUACAAACACCCCUCAGUCACCCCCUCCCAAGCCCCUGUCUCACAGUGAACUGUUAAUGCUGAAGGGGCCUCCCAGAAGAGAACCAGGAGGCUCCAGGGCUAAGGGGCGCUGCUCCACUCUGCCUGCCCGCCAGCGAGGUCCCGAGGCUGGGGAGAGCUCCUCCAGACCCAGCCACUCUUCCAGCUUCACCCGACAGGAAGACCGUAUCCCCCCAUCCCCCAGUGAACUAAAACAAGACACCCCGGUGUGAAGAGAGGAGAAAUAGAGGGGGAGGAUUAGAGAGGGACGGCUGAGUCUCAUCAUCAGAGAAAUUGAUCCGUCCAUCUCUCCGUCUUCAUCCACCCAUCUCAUAUGACAGCUCAGAUGGUUGUAGGAACCAAAUGGACCUGUUCUUCUUCUAACGCAUCAGUUAAUAGCUCGGGUUAAUUCACUGGGUUUAUAAAGGAGAAUGAAGCUGAAUAAACCAGGAUAAAACAGAGUAGAGGAGAAUAAAAUGUAUUAAAGGAUAAUAACAGAAAAUAAACCAAGAUAAAGGAGAAUAAACCAAGAUAAAGGAGAAUAAAACAGGAUAAAUGAGAAUAAAGAAAAAUAAAGGAGAAUGAAGCAGGAUAAAGGAUAAUAAAAUAGAAUGAAGGAGAAUGAACAAGAAUAAUGGGGAAUAAAGGAUAAUAAACCAAGAAAAAGGAGAAUAAAGGAAAAUAAAUGAGAAUAAAUUUGAAUGAAGUAUAAUAAACCAAAAUAAAGGAGAAUAAACCAGGAUAAAUGAGAAUGAAGGAGUUUAUAAACUGGGUGGUUCCAGCCCUGAAUGCUAAUUGGCUGACAGCCGUGGUAUAUCAGACCGUAUACCAAUGGUAUGACGGGUAUGACAAAACAUUUAUUUUUACUGCUCUAAUUACGUUGGUAACCAGUUUAUAAUAGCAAUAAGGCACCUCUGGGGUUUGUGGUAUAUGGCCAAUAUACCACGGCUAAGGGCUGUGUUCAGGCACUCCUCAUCUCCUCGUGCAUAAGAACAGCCAUUAGCUGUGGUAUGUGGCCAAUAUACCACGGCUAAGGGCUGUAUCAAGGCACUCCGCGCUGUGUCGUGCUUAAGAACAGCCAUUAGCUGUGGUAUGUGGUCAAUAUACCACGGCUAAGGGCUGUAUUCAGGCACUCCUCAUCUCCUCGUGCAUAAGAACAGCCAUUAGCUGUGGUAUGUGGCCAAUAUACCACGGCUAAGGGCUGUAUCCAGGCACUCCUCAUUUCCUCGUGCCUAAGAACAGCCAUUAGCUGUGGUAUAUUGGCCAUAUACCACACCUCUGUGUGCAUUAUUGCUUAAAUAUACCAGGACAAAUGAGAAUAACAGGGAAUAAACCAGGACAAAGGAGAAUAACAGAGAAUAAACCAGGACAAAGGAGAAUAACAGAGAAUUAACCAGGACAAAGGAGAAUAACAGAGAAUAAACCACGACAAAAAAUAAUAAAGGAGAAUAAACCAGGAUAAAGGAGAAUAAAGGAGAACAAACCAGGAUAAAGGAGAACAAACCAGGAUAAAGGAGAAUAAAGGAGAAUAAAAGAGAAUAAAGUACAUUAAAGGAGAAUAAAGGAGUCUAAACCAGGAUAAAGGAGAAUAACAGAGAAUAAACCAGGAUAAAUGAGAAUAAAGGAGAACAAACCAGGAUAAAGGAGAACAAACCAGGAUGAAGGAGAAUUUACCAGGACAAAGGAGAUUAAAGGAGAAUAAACCAGAACAAAGAAGAAUAGAGGAGUAUAAACCAGGAUAAAUGAGAAUAAAGGAGAAUAAAAGAGAAUAAAGUACAUUAAAGGAGAAUAAAGGAGACUAAACCAGGAUAAAGGAGAUUAAAGUAUAAUAAAGGAUAAUAAAGAAUAAUAGAGAAUAACCCAGGACAAUGGACAAAUGAGAAUAAAGGAUGAAAAAAACAGGAUAAAUGAGAAUAAACCAGAACAAAUGAGAAUAAACAAGGAUAAAUGUGUAAGAGGUGCGUAACUGGCUGCAGGGAAGUCAGGCGCAGGAGAACUGGGUAAUAACCGGAGCAGUUUAAUGAGGUAAAACCAACGGCUCCCAGAACAACAAAAUAUGAGUUGAAAUAACCCGGAGCAAACCAGUCUGACGUGCACAUACACUUUACAACAAACAAUUACACACACAGACAUGGGGGGAACAAAGGGUUAUAUACACGUCACGUAAUGAGGGAAUGUAAACCAGGUGUGUGGGAAAACAAGACAAAACAAAUGGAAAAUGAAAGGUGGAUCGGCGAUGGCUAGAAGACCGGUGACGUCGACCGCCGAACGCCGCCCGAACAAGGAGAGGAACCGACUUCGGCGGAAGUCGUGACAAAAUGAGAAUAAAGGAGAAUAAACCAGGAUAAAGGAAAAUAAAUUAGGAUAAAGGAGAAUAAACCAGAAUAAAGGAGAAUAGGUUUUGGUGAUUCUGAGACAAUAGUUCGUUAUCAAUAAAAUUUCACUAUCAUUUGGUUUUGCUGCUGGGGAGCAAGGAGACCCGCAGCUCCGCUAAAACCAUUGAUAACUAUAUCUGUUUUCAAGGGAUUGUUAAAUAAAUGUUAACUAUUUGGUUGUACUAUCAUCACGUCUUGAAGAGCGUGCAUUUCUGAUUAUUCCCCAUUUAGCAUCAUCAGAGUUUUACAGCAAUCAGUAAACAUCAAUUGAUCAUGUUUUUUCAGAUAUGUGAAGGUAGCCAGAUUAAUUUGGUAUGUAGCUAGCUAGCUAAAGCAAACAACGUGUCAUUUAGCCUGCUUCAUCAGAGAUUAGGGUUUUACAUUGUCAGUCGGACUACUGUCAUCACCACUAUAGAUGGCAAGCAAAUCAAACAAUAUUUGGAUAUAGCCAUCUAGUUUAUCCCCUGAAAGUUAGCUUGUGAACUAGCCAUAUUGCCAUGAUCUGUUGUUAGCUUGUUAACUAGCCACAUUGACGUGAACUUUCUUAGCUUGUGAACUAGCCAUAUUGCCAUGAUCUGUUGUUAGCUUGUUAACUAGCCAUAUUGACGUGAUCUGUUAUUAGCUUGUUAACUAGCCAUUUUGCCAUGAUCUGUUGUUAGCUUGUUAACUAGCCCUAUUGACGUGAUCUUUCUUAGCUUGUUAACUAGCCAUAUUGACGUGACCUGUUGUUAGCUUGUUAACUAGCCAUAUUGACGUGAUCUUUCUUAGCUUGUUAACUAGCCAUAUUGCCAUGAUCUGUUGUUAGCUAGCUAGCCAAUUUGACGUGGUCCAUCAAUAUCAUGUCUGUCAGCAGCAAUCGGGAUUAAACACUCGUAAAAACACUGUUGAAAAGGGGAUCAUGUUAGCUAACUUUGCUAGGUAGCCCUACGUUGGUUGGAGAAAAAAGUACACUAGGUCUACUUACCACUAUGUUUAGCCAACUGUACCAAGUUUCUACUGGUAGCUAGCAAAGUAAACAUUAUCAGCUAACAGUAACGUUACAUUGGCAUAUGCACCCUUCUGCUGCUUGACAGCCAGACCCCACAAAGGUUGAGAAAUUAACCUUAACCACUCAUACUUGUCAGGUAUAGUUAUUUUAUAUCACUCAAAUAUCCAAUCAAUGGUGGUCAAUAUUGAGAGAUAUCGUGAGGCUACCCUGACGUAGCUGAAAUUACAUGAUCAAUUGAUGUUUAAUGAUCAUUUAAAACUUGCAGUUACUUGCUGUGUAAGUCUGAUAGAGCUAAAUGUGCUAAAUGGUUUUACAUGGAAUAGUCUGAAAUGUGCGGUUUUGACUAUGCUCUUCAAGACGUGAUGAUAUUACAACCAAAUAGUUAGCAUUCCCUUAACGACCCCUUGCAAACGGCACUCAGUUGUCAAUGGUUUUAGUGGAGCUGCGGGUCUCUUUGCCCCCUCAGCAGGCAAAUCGAACGCUCCUCACCUUAUUGAGACGUAUUGUUGAUAACGAUCUAUAAGGCCUCAGACUGAGAAUGUCCCAGUGUUCUCUCUCAGCAACUGAGAAGACACUGCUGCUGCUCACACUGUAUUGUUACUGCCAGACAGAAGUGGACCAAACCGGGCUGAACUGGACCAGACCAAACCAGACCACACCAGACAGAGCCAGCUCCCCUCCCCCAGUAGACACAGGGCCAGUCUGAAAUGGCACCCUGUUCCCUACAGGCUCUGGCCAAAACAACUACACUAUAUAGGGGAAUAGGGUGCCAUCUACUCCCAGUAGACCCUCUAUUUAGUAUUUAGAUCAACAGUAAUAACACAUCUAUGCUUGUAGAUUUAUUAUAUUACAACUGUGACAUUUUGAUAAUAUGAAAAUCAUUACUUUUGUUCAUAAGAAAAAAAUCUAUUAAA